AUGACCAGAUGGACGGUCAAUGAGCCGUAUCUUGACAUAGCGGGAACCCUACUCGAAAACCCCAUUCACGACGUUGUCAAGAAUGAGUUCCGAUUCGUGGAUAUCUGGGAUCACAAACUUUACUCGGUCGAUUUGGCCCGAGGUCCAGAGUCGUUGAAAGUGAUUGACACAGACGCCUCCGUUGGUGUGACUGCCAACAUUGCUGGUGCAAAGGAUGAAGUGAUCGCCGGGGCCCAACAUGGCUUUGCGCGGUUAAAUCAAACCACUGGAAAGUUGACAUAUGUUGCCCAGCCCUGGGGAAACGAUGAAGCUAAAUUGAAAGUCAUGCGCUUCAACGACGGCAACGUCGACAGCCACGGCCGUCUAUGGGCGGGAAGUAUGAAUGAUCCCAAGGUCAAGUCUCCACAGCCCGAGGGGACCCUUUACCGACUGGAUCCAGACCUGAGUGUGCACGAAAUGCUCUCGCCGGUGACGAUCCCCAAUGGACUCGGCUGGAACGCCGCCGAUGACACGAUGUAUUUCACCGAUUCGCCCACGUCCAAGAUCUUCGCCUUUGACUUUGAUGCGGCCACCGGCACGAUCAGCAACCGCCGCGUCUUCUUCGAUGUGGGAGACUCUCUGGAGCCGGAUGGAUUCGCCAUCGAUGCCGAGGGGUGUCUCUGGAGCGCGAUCUACGGCGGCGGUAAAGUGUUGCGGAUCUCCCCCGAAGGCCAGAUCAUCGGCCAGAUUGAUCUACCCACGCGGAACCCAACCUGUCCGGUGUUUGUAGGCACAGAGCUGUUUAUCACUUCUGCCAAGGAUGACCGUGAUGAUGAAAAGUUCCCCGAUUCUGUCCGAUAUGGCGGACGUGUGUUUAAGAUCGAUGUGGGGGUUCAGGGUCAGGCGAAGAAUGAAUUUCGGCUUGCGCAGUGA